GCCCUUUCAUGGAGACUUGCCACCAUCUACUAUAUGUAUGCUUUUGGCACUUUGGUUGUGGAGCUCAGACCUGAACUUGAGUCUACCAGGCCAGGGGGGAGGACAGCCUCGGGCUUCUUGGGUUUUCUGGAGUCUGGGUCUCACCGAGAGCUCUCUGCAACAACAAAACCACGCAUGGUACUUGACAGAAUGAGCAACUACCGUCUUGUCAUCAGGAAGUCGCCUACAGUCAACAGUUCUGAUUCAUCAGCUCACCUCAAAUUUGUUAAUGAACUCUGCAAAAAUGCCAAAAAAGGAUUCGGUGCUGGUGGACUUGCUGUCUUCUCCAAAGAAGGAGGCCACUUUGGAGAACUCCUCCAUUGCUCGGCUCUGUAGGGACUCCAGAGACUGGAUGGCAGGGUGGCUGUUCUCCAGAAAGCUCUUCAACCUACGCUCAUGACCGAAGCAAAGUGGUCCUCAGAUGUGAGGGGGAUCUUCAGGCAUGCUGCUCUAAUGUCCUGGAUGGUGCCGUGAAGGUCACUCAGCUCUGUGGUCACCACCCUCUGGUUCACUGCAUGCAUCGGAAACACAAGGUGGUCUUAAAGUGGAGGCUCCGUAGACGGGUCUUGUACUCAGGCACCAUGAGCAUCUGCACCACAGCGACACUUGUGGCUCUCCGAGGGACUGCUCCUGGCCCAGAAUCACUCGGCGGCGCUGAAGCAAGGAAGCCUGAUGAUGAGCGCUAAUUGGAACGUCAGCCUGGGAUUCUGUUAGUCCGUGUGCACCGUAGGCGGGUUCACACUUUAAAUGCUUGGUCCAUUGAGAAGCAGCAGGGACCACGGAAGACUACAAUCUGAAGAUUAGGUGGAUUAGGGAUUUAAACAGACGCCCGACCUCCACUUCUAGAUCUGUAUAUGUACCCAACUCACUAAAGUGGAGGCGCUGCGUCAAAAGGCAUUUUUCUUGGCCUUUUAACCAACAUGAUUGGUGAAUGCAGUACACUCAUAUAUGCAUUAUCAGCACACACACAGAUACUGGUUUGAAUAUGCGACCAUGACAGGAUAUGCCCCAAUAAUCCAGGUUUGUAUGGUUAGAUAUUUUGAAAAUGUCUCAUUAGCACCGGUGAAUUUAUUAGUAAGCAGCCUACGCACCUUUCAACAAUAUACUUUAUGUAUAGUAGCAGUAAAAGCAUGCAUCCCAUACCUUUUAUUUUAAACAGCAUCCAUAGCUUCUGGUUAGCGCUCUUGUUUUCAUCAACGCCACCUGUAACAUGAGCACCGCGGCCCAGUCAGCAACCAGAUCCAGCAGGUGUCUCAUAAUGCCUUGCUGUGUUUGGCAGUGGAUGUCAGUCACAGAGACAUAAAAACAGGCCUUCUCAUCGUUAUUGGUUUCAAACAAGGUUCCGUGCAUAGAAGAGGCACACACAACGGGUGUUUGUGUUUAUUUGUUUAUUUGCAUGCACAGUUCAGCAUGUCUGAAAAGGAGUAGGAAGAAACAGGUCUUAAUUACAUAAUCUUGCCCUUUCCAAGCAAAGCUGGUAGCUUUUCACUUCCUGUGUUUAACAUUCAGCAGAUUAUCAUUUUCUAAAAAGGUAUAAAGCAAAAAAUAAAUAAUGUGUAAUGGUAAAAAAAAAAAUUACUGACCAUUGUAUUGUAGAGAGUGAGUGUGAUGAAUAAAACAUUAAUUACAUAAUACAAAUAAUAAUAAUAAUAAAUAAUUAUAUAAUAAAUAAAUGAUACAUAAUUAGUUCUGCAUACAUUAUGUCAUGGUUUUUCUUUAAAUAAUACUUAUAGUUUUUUUUAAAAACGUGCUUAUUUAUACUGUUUGUAAUAUUAAAGUGCACCCAAAGGUGUUACCAGCAGUUACCAGUAGGUGGCAAUAAAUAAUCAGCAGAUGCUGGGCUUUACCUUCACCAGCGCAGACGAAGAAGAGUAUAAUUCGUUCCCAAGUUACCAAUAAAAGCAAACGUUAUUGUUUUAUUUGAAGACGUAAUUCAACAACACAUGUAACUACUGCCAACUUAAUGUUUUCAAACAGACAAGCUUUUAGUAUUUCAAUUCAUAAAUAAGAAACUGCAAACCUCAGUAGUUUGCUGUUAGCCUUUCGGAGUUAGCCACGCAGAUGCUAAGGAAGUAGCAUUGUUUACAGGAAGUCGUAGCGUAGAGUAAAAGUGAAACGGAUAAACACGUCGCUGGACACAAGACCAUAACAUAUACGUUAACUUGAGACCAACUUUUAAAUAGCUGUGUGUGGUUUUACAGGAUAAACUAACAUAUGAGGUAUGUAAGUACACAAAGUAGGGAUACCACGCGUGCUUUCGAGCCUCAACUUUAUUUCCAUGUGACGGACUGUAUUUAGUUUUUUAUUAUUUAUCUGCGCUCCAUGUUGGAUCAAAGACAGCAAUUUUUCUACGCCAUAUUUGUUUUUUUUCUGGAAGUCUUGCUCUGAGACAUGAAUUUCCUCACUCUGUUUGCCAUCUACGUUGCGGUGGUGCUGAUGUGCAUGAUCCUAGUCUGCAGAUACUCCGGCCAUCAGGAAAAUCCCUUUAAUGUCCUCUUUAACUGCAUAGCAAAGGUGAUUGCACCAGUUACCCCAAAGUGGCUCCAGCGGUUUUCUCAAUGGUCUCUCCAUAGAUUGUUUCAUCAAAGGAACAACAUGUUCAUCUAUCUGCACAUCCUGCUGGAGGCUGCUGUAUAUGGAGAGUUCACCUAUGAGAUUUUUGGUUUCUGCAGAGAGCUGGACACCACUCUGACCAGCCUGUCUGUGCCUUACAUCCUGCUCGCUGUAAAGACUUUCUUCUUCUACCUUUGCAUCAAGAAAGAUCCAGGCACUCUGACUAAGAAAAAUGUGCCCAGCCAAUUGCACAUAUAUCCAUAUGACAAGAGGCUGUUUCACCCGGGCAUCUCUUGUCCGACCUGCCAGAUUAUCAAACCUGCGCGCUCUAAGCACUGUAGGGUGUGCGACAGGUGUGUUCAGCGUUUCGACCAUCACUGCAUCUGGGUGAACAACUGCAUCGGUUCCCAGAACACGCGUUACUUCCUGCUCUACCUGUUCAGUCUUUGCGCCAUGGCGGGCGACAUUGCCCUGCUCACGGCGGACAUGUUGCUUCAUGCCGUGUUGCGUACAGGACUUCUGGGGGCCAGUUACAUCGACGAGUACGGCCAGACGCAGCCUGCCGGGCCUCUGUUUGUUGUCCAGCAUCUGUUCCUGACCUUCCCCCGCAUCGUCUUCAUGCUGGGCUUCCUCGUCUUUGUCUUCUUCCUGCUAGCUGGUUAUGCGCUGUUCCAUUUUUUCUUGGCUCUCGUCAAUCAGACCUCCAACGAGUGGUACAAAACUCGAGGUUACGCUUGUCAGCACUGCCACCCGACGAUGACAGCCGACCCCCUCUGCAGCACACCGCCAUCCCACUCUAGCAGAUUCUACUACAGCAGAGGAGUACUCCAAAAUUUGGGGGAGAUUUUUUUCCCUCGCCAACCUGUUCGGAAAAAGGACACUUAGUACAUGUCAGGUUGCACACCCAGUUAAUGACUGCUGCUGAGAUAAUAAACGUUAUUUCCUAUUGCAAAUAGGAAGUACUGCUGAACGUAGUCAGGGCAUUUACUGUUUACUUUUCAGGUCAGGUUCUCUCAUUUGGGUGGGGUAUUUCUAUGUAAAACAGUCUUUUUUAAACCAUUAAAUGGCUCGCGUUAGUAGU